AAUCCAUGGCCUAAACAGUGAUACAGGAACAAUGGAUCAAGAAAAAAAUGUUGGAUACUAUAUAUGGUUGGAGGAAAUAAAAAUCAACUUUGAUGUUGCGAAGUAUAAAAAGUGGUUCAAAUGUUAAUAUGUUCUUUGUACCAUUGUGUCUACAAAUACUUGGAACAUACAUAGUAUCUAAAGAUAUUAAUUUUUUCUUUAAUGAAACAUGAAAUGGCCAAUUACUUCAUUAAAAAACUGCCUUAUAUAUAAUUAUAAUGUGUUGAUUUAUGUGUAUGCAACAAUUUGAAGAAGAUGGGCAAAGCAAGUUGAUCACACGAUCUGCAGCAAGACAUCUUCGUCGUAAGCGAUUGAACGAGGCUCGAAGAGCAAGAAAUCAGUUUCUUGUAGAUUUUAUUAAUGGAGUUGAUGAGAAGAUAAAUCAGGAAACAGAAGCUCACUUCGAUAGUGAGAAGAAUAAAUUGACUAAAUCAAAAGCUCGUAGAUUACGUAAGAAGAAAAAGGCAAAGUUACUGGAAACUUGUAACUGUGAUACUUCUCUUGUCUCAUCUAAUCUUCUACAAUUUGAGCCAAAUUGUUGUAUUAAAUCCGAACAGAAUACUUUCGAUUCUCAUCUUAACAAUGUGCAACAUUUUGAAGAUCUUCUUGCACAAUCAUUACUUUCCUUAGGCAAUCAUAACAAAACAGUUGGAAAAGUUGAAGAGACAAUCGAAUGUGAAUUUAAGUAUAAUAAGCAAGAUAAAGAUAGAUCGCAAUCGUACCUUACACAACUCGUUAAUGUGGAUUCAGAAGAUUCAUCUGACUCAUCUCGAGCGAUUGUUUUCUCAGCAUUACCUAAAUCUAAAAAUAAAGAACAGACUCAUUGUACGAAAAAUAGUCCAGGGAUAAAAAGAUCUUAUCUAGAAUCUUGUAAUAUUAAAGUAGAUCAGUUAUCUGAUACGUUUCCCGUAUCUGAAAAACCGUGUAGACCAAAAUAUUUUAUAACACCUAACGCAAGAAAAGAUCAAGUGGAGAAUAAGAAUAUAUCGUUGAAUAAUAAAACAUUCGAAAAGAAAGAAACAGAAAAUAUUGUUACAUCAGAGACUUGUCCAUUAAAAUAUGAUCACAAUACAAACACGUUAGAAUCUCUUAUUGAUAAACAAAGUGCAAUAGAACCAACUUCUAACGAGGAAUUAAUGUUAAAAAACGAUACAAAUUUUAAUCACAGGACGUUUGGAGAUAAAGAAAGUAAUUCUUCAUCAGUAUUCCAACAAAUAUCAGAAGAAACUUUAAAUAUUGAAACAACUUCAGAGAAUUCUAUUGUACAAAGGCAAUCUAUUGAGGAGCCCAAAGAAUCAAUUUUACCAGUAAAUUUAACAUCAGAUAGUGUUGCUUCAACGAUAAACGUACAACCAAGUAAAAUAAUGGAUUCUAAAGUGACUGGUACAUUUAAAACAAGGGAGGAAAUAAAGGCUGAGCGUGAAGCAAGAAAAGCUGCAAAAGCUGCUACCAAGAGCAAGGGUAAAGUUGCUGCUAGUACAUCUGAAAAGCAGAGUGUUCCUAUUAAAGUAGAUCAAAUGUCUAAUGACAAUAUAAAGCUAAAAACAAGUAUAGUCACAAAGUUAGAAUUGAAUAUAUCUGAGAAUAAUUCAAGUAAUACUAUAGAAGAUAGUACUAUAAAUAUUAAUUCGGAAGCAAAAAGCAAGGCUGAAUUGCGUGCUGAAAGAAGAGCUAAACAAGAGGCACAAAGAGCUGCCAAACAAGAACAAGUUACUGAAAGAACCAAAAUUAAAAGUAAAUGCAAUACGAUUCAAUCGAAACAAGUUGUAGCAACUACAGUAGAAGCUACUGUAGAUGAUUCAAACAAUAAAACUGUCAAGAAAAUAGUAAAAAAAAAUGAACACGAAGUAAAUCUAUUUAAACAUCUAUAUCAUGAAAGAGAGCUUGCCUUGAAUAAUGUUCCUGUACUUAACGCAAAAGUACAUCCAGCUAUAGUAAAACUUGGUGUACAAUAUGCUAAUAAAAUUAUUGUUGGAAGUAAUGCAAGAUGUGUUGCACUUUUGGUAGCUGUGAAGCAGCUUAUAGAGGAUUUUGAACAACCAUCAAAAACUGAUUUUGUACGAGGUCUUGAAGCAAACUUGCAAGAAUCAGUUGCUUAUUUACAUCAUUGUAGACCAUUAGCUGUUUCUAUGCAGAAUGCAUUGCGUCAUUUAAAAUGGCAAAUGACUCAAUUAGUAUCUACAUCUACAGAUAUAGAUGCUAAAAAUAAGUUGAUGAGUUCGAUAGACACUUAUAUUUUAGAACAGAUUCAACUUGCUGAUGAAAGUAUAUCUAUAACUAUACAAACAAAAAUAUCCAAUGGAAAUGUAAUUUUAACAUAUGGAUAUUCAUCAUUAAUUCAAAAAAUUUUAAUGGAUGCAUAUGAUGCUGGAAAACAAUUUCGAGUUAUUAUUGUAGAUGGAAGACCAUGGUUAGAAGGUAAAGAACAAUUGCGACGUUUAACAAAACAUGGAAUUGAAUGCUCAUAUGUAUUGAUUAAUGCUCUUAGUUUUGUUAUGCCAGAGGUGAGUAAAGUUUUCCUUGGAGCACAUGCUAUAUUAGCAAAUGGAGCAGUGAUGUCAAGAGUUGGUACCGCACAAGUUGCUUUAAUGGCAAGGUCUUUUAACGUUCCCGUUUUAGUAGCCUGCGAAACACACAAAUCCUGUGAACGUGUACAGACAGAUUCAAUAGUUUAUAAUGAAUUAGGUAAUGCCGAUGAAUUAAUUAAGCACACUUAUCGUAAUACAAAAAAGUCAUUGCUUCAAAACUGGAGGACGAAAAAAUAUUUAAAUCUUCUUAAUAUUACUUAUGACGUUACACCAGCAGAUUUAGUAUCAGCUGUCGUUACAGAAUUAGCCAUUUUACCAUGCACUAGUGUUCCUGUGAUUUUACGAAUUAAACCAUCGGAGAUUUAAAUGUAUCUAGAUAUAAUGAUAGAUAUUGGUUUUAUAUUAGCCAUGUUUAUUACAUGGUGAAGAAACAUUCUUCAAGUUGAAUUUCAAUGAAUUGAAAUUAAAUUUAUUCAAUGAUUAAGACAUAUUAUAUAUAUAUAUAAUAAUAUUGUACUUAUAUAGAGUACUAAUUUAAAAAAAAAAAAACAACAACAUAUUUAUUAUUUUGAUUCAAUGCAACAUGAUAAUCGUUCGUAUAUUACCUAAUGCAUAUUAUGUUGUAUACUUUGGAAUAAACUUUUUAACUUGGAAGGAUAUGUGAUAAAAGAAAUAUAAA